CCAGCACUUCUCCCCAACAGAUCAGGUUAACAAGCGAGAAACUUACCGAGUUUCCGAUCGAGAAUCCUUGCAUUAACCCGAAGAAGAUGGCCUCAAAGCACAAGUACCUCUGGGCCAUGGGGCCAAGUCCGGAUGGCGGAGAUUCAGGAUUUGUCAUGAAGUUAGAUGUAACUUCUGGAGAGACCUGGAAAUUCUCUGAGGAGCAUAUAUACUGCGCUGCUCCAGAGUUCAUUAGCAGACCGGAUGCUGUUGAGGAAGAUGACGGAGUAAUUCUACUACAGUGUAUAGAUUCCAUUGAUGAAAAGAAAGCGUACUUGCUGAUUCUCGAUGCAGGGAAUAUGACCGAAUUGUGCAGAGCAACAGUGCAGUCUCGAGCUACAGUGCCUAUGCCACUCCACGGACACUUCGUACCCUCUGCCAAACAGUGAAAUGAUUGAGAGACUAUAAUGAAAGGUGCUAACUCUUGGCCUGCAUAGUUAGAGUAGUUUGUACUUUCUACAGUUUUUUUUUUUUGUGAGCACUGAAUGGUUUUGGAUAAGGUGAAACAGUAUUAUAUGUGUGUUGCAAUGUACCGAAAAAAAUAGUAAAUCCUAUAUUGACCAGGAGAAGUUAAAAGCUGAACAAUGAGAGAUAGUAGACUACAUAAAGGUAAUUUAGUCAUGGAUAUUAGAAUGCAUUAUUACAUUGCAUUGUGAAAGUUUCCAUAAGCGUAACGAAUUGCUCAAAGGGGUCAUAUCUAAGCACAAAGAGAUGGUGUAGGUAAUGCCAAUGUGCAGAAAAUAUUACAAAAUUAUAUUGCUUUGUUUUCUCAGUGCAAACCUUCGUGUAAAUUUCUUCCAGAACAAGCAAAUCAAAAUUAUAUAGCGAAAUAAAUGUUGGUCUUCAUAGUUCAAGGAAUAUCAAGAGUAUAUUUUACACUUCUGCAUUUUUACCCUUUUAAAGAAGCGACAUAUGAAUGAGGAAGAUAGAAGUGAUGCAUUUAAGAUAAGUUUUUUUGUGGACUUAGCAAGAGUACUUUUUGUAUUCAAAUUUGUAUUUUUGUUUGUGAUAAUUUACUAGAUAAUACUGCUUUCAGUGUGAUUUUUUAUAGUACUUAUAUCUUAUUUUUGUGUUCUUGUGACAAAAAAGUAUAAAGUAGAGUUGAAUAUGAUAAUGCUUUUCACAAAUCUCCUGAUGAAUAUUAAGGAGGAAAAAAAAAUCUUACACUCAAAAUGUCUGUAAAUGGAUUGACUAAUGAAAAUCUAUUAAAAAUUACUGCUCUUACAAAAUAACAGUUGUGUUCUACUGGUGAUUCUGGGGUCAGUUUCAGGGAAGAGAAAUCACAUUUUGGUCUUGAUUUUUCUUGUAACUCCUAGACUAAGUAAGAUUUGAAGCUUGUCCCUUGGGAAAGAGUAUUUUUAAUCCAAUUCUCUUGAAGGGCAAAGUAGGUGACUUUAUUUCUUGCCACAGUUACUAUGAAGAUAUAAUGAAAAAGUUAGCAUUUAAAUGAAGCAUUUAUGAUUGAAAGAAGUGUAUGAGAAAUAACAGUUUACAUUCACAAAUUAUUACCUUUGUGUCUUUCAGUAGAAUAAGGUAAGUGAAGAGAAGGAAGUGAGAUAAAGAGAAGAAUAUAUUAUAUAUAUAAUCUGUUUUGUUGCGUAUUUCUGUGUAUCUCUAUUUUGAUAAUAUCAGGAAUAAUGUAUUGCAUUUACUUUUUAAAAUGUUAUUGCUACCUAGUUGUGUGGAUUAUGGUAAUAAAUCUUUAUCAACAAA